UAUUAUAUUAUACAUAUGAGCUAAAAUAAAAACAAUGGAUUUACUUUGUUUUGAAUAUCAGAAAUGGCGUGUGUGUUAAAAUGCAAGGACAAUAUAACCUUCAUGUUGUACAUACAUAACAAAAAUAUGUCAGUAUAUGGUGAAGAGUAAUAAUAUGGCUUUGACGCUUAGAUAUAUUUUCUAUCCUAUUUAGAUAGUAUACACGAGUUGCAAAUGCUUGGGAAGAAGCUUUUGAUUAUAGUUACCUUGUUGAUCAUGCGUGGACGUCGUGCUAAAGGUGGUACAGCAAGUACAUGCAAAGAUGAUAUUCUAUACUCGGUUUUUGGAAGUUUAGCUGCGUAUUCUCUUUUGGUUAUAUUAAUAUUUAUUUUAUACAACUUCAGGAAAAAAAGGAAGAAAAAUAGCAAAGAUAAAAGACAGAAGAAGAAAUCUGUUGAAGGUGAAAGAAACCAUGUCUAUGAUGAGGAUAUUGACGAUAUACGAGGUGACCGCAGACGGCAAGACAGCGGCUUUAUCGCAUCCAGCAAUGAAUCGAUUGUUCCCUUUCCUGAAGUGUGUGUUGAAACACCUAAGCGUUCCCCAUCAAUGCCAAAUUUAUCAACACGUUGCAAUCAAAAUAAUACAGAAGUUAAUUCAGAUACUGAAAACGAUGAACCUCAAUUAAAAGCUCAUAUGAAAUCGACAGGAGUUUCAGUUCAUCAACAAAAAAACAUGGCGACCGUUGCUACAUCAACAGAUGAUCUUAUACCCGAUGAUGCAUCAGAUUCAUACAUGAGGACGGAAUUUGAAACUGUUGUUAUUGAAAAGAAGUCAGUUCACUGUACAGGACUUGACUUUGGUAUAGCAGGAAUUUUCAUCAAGGAUUUUGAUGAAAAAGAAAUUGCAUUUAAAAGAGGAAGUCUGGAUGCAGGAGAUGAAGUAUUAUCAAUCAAUGAUUAUCCUUUAACUGGCCUCAGUGAUAUGGAAGCAUUUUCAUUCUUUGCAAAAUCAGGACCAGAUGUCAAGUUGAGAAUCAUAAAAAGCCGAUUUCUUUCAAAGGUUGAGAGUUCAUCCAUUAUAAGUGACUCUUCUCUCAAUUCUGACGUCAAGCCAGAUAACACGAAUCAUACGCAAAAUGAUUUCGGACGUCUACCUAGAGUAAUUUCGGACGCAAAUAACUUGUCAAUUGACUUAACAAAUGCUGCACAACAAUCACAAGCAAGAAACAUGUGCUGUGAUAUUAACUACAUGCCAAUCAAUGGUGUUCCAUCCAAUUUGGGUGACCACACCCUAGGUAAUGUAAUGACUCAUUCAAAGCACGCUUCCACAGAUGAAAAUUGUAAUCAAACAUUUCUCAAUGGGUAUCAAUCUCACAGUCGUAAUUCUUCAAACGACAAAACUCGUCAUAGUUGGAACUCGUCAUUUGAACAAGGCCUUAUUAGUCGUACAUCUUCAUCUGAAAAUAUAAGGCAUAGUAGACAUUCGUCGAAUGAAAACAAUAGACAUAACUCUCACUCAUCAGAUGAAAACAAUAGGAACAGUUAUCAUUCAUCUGAUGAGCUAGAACGGAACUUGUAUACGUCCAGAUUACUCAACAAUGAUACCGUCAGAUGCAUGCAGCCUUCGUUAGCACCACAUCAACGUCAAUCUUUAAAAGAUGCAAGCUCUGUUUCUAUCUUUACUGUAGAAUCAUUCGCAAGAAGAUCAGAUGGACAACAAACAGAAAAGGACGCACAGUUGUAUUAUCAAGACCAGUUAUUACGUCAGCAAGCUCUUUCAAUUGACCAAACCAGCUAUAGCGAUAAUGCGUCAUCCGGUUUAACUGAUCAAUAUUUACAGGGUACUUCGGCACUGUUAACCGAGAACGUUGUGCUAAAACGAGGCUAUAAUAAUGACUAUAUUGUGCCAGCUAAUUAUAGGAUGGUUCCUUCGUGCAAAAGCCUGUAUGCAACUAGAACAAGAGAAGCGUCACCUUCAAAAAGGACGUCAUCUCAGGUUUUGAUUCCGUCUCCAAAGAAUAUUAGCCCGUUAGCAAUUACUACAGCAAACGCUCAUCGACAUGCAACUGUCACUAGCAUGUCAUCCGGUUCACCAGUGUCACCAAUGUCUAUUUCAUCUCUAAGUAUCGGAUCUCGUUACAAUGGCGGGCAAGAUGCGUAUCGAAUGGUUCCAUCGGAGUACAACAACAUACAAAUUCGUGCUGAUCAUCACGAAACGGACAGUCCUACGUCAAAAUCUUACUCUGAAAAAAUAGAUGCUGAUGUUAUGAGAUACAUGACUAAAAAGUACAGUGAACCAAGGUUUGUAAACGGGCAUCGUAAAAACCCUCCUCCGUAUUCAAGCACGCACACGACUGUGGACACUCCACCCACUGCGUAUGGACUAACGGAAUCGGAUGAUUCUAAGAACGUCAUACUAAGGCGUUCAGCUACAAGUGUGUCAAAUGGUUUACGAUCGCGGCCUCACUCACUAAUAGAAAAUGGAGUUAGUAGUGGAUUUGAAUUACACAAUGAACAUAAGAAUAUAAAUGUAAAUGAAAAGCGAAAGUAUCCACAGAGAACUCACUCUCUUCCAGCUGUGAAGCAUUUAGAAAUGAGGCCACGAACAGCAAAAUCCUUUUUAGAGCAACAACAAAGAGUACCUAAAAAACAAACACCAAAAAAACUAAGACAAAUCUAUAGUCAAGAAAACAUUAACAGGAGGAAAUCUAUUGAUUCUGGAACGUUACGUAAGCUGGCGGAAGAAAUACAAGUUAAUCCUGCAUUGGGAGGGGAAUACCCCUUCAUAGCUCAAUUACUAGGGGAAUCUCAAUUUUCCGCUAGUGAAAGACGGGCACAGGGAUUAUAUCGUCACAAAUCAACUGAAGCAUUAUCCAGUCAAUUCUGAAUGAAGUAUUCUUAUAUCAGAUUUAUUGAACGUACCCUGAUGCGACAAUUUAGCUCUCGGGUGUUUAUUAAAUACUCCGUUGCGUUUUAAGGGAAAGGUUAUUUAAUUGGGAAUCAAAGUCAUUGGGAGAUAUAUGGAAGUCUAAAGUAAUGUUAAACGCCUGGAAUAUUAUAUAAACAUCAACUUAAGAGGUGAAAGAGGUGUAUGGGAGCUAAAUUAAUGCUUUGUGAUAACCUGGAGAAAAAAGAAAACAAUCUGAAAUAACAUCCUACAAAAAAUAAACUGUUCUAUUUCCUUUUAAAAAAGAUAAUUGACCAACAUUGGUGUUACACUCUAGGUACAAAAAGAAGAAACUUUUUGUCUGUAGGUACAUUUAAAGUGGCAAUCAUAUUUUUUCAACAUUAGUAUUUAUUUGCACAACAAUCCAUGACCUUUUUAAACAUAAAAUAUGCUUUAUUUGAAAUAUUCUCGCAACUUCCUCCCCAGGGCUCUUUUUGUCUCUCUGCAGUCUCAAAGACAAAAAGAGCCCUUGGGACGAGGUUAGUAUUCUCGUUUUAAGAGAUGCAGAUGAAUUGUUGUUUCCUCUUUUAGUUUCAAUUAUUAUUUAUUUAUCAUAUUUUGUAUGAAGACACGAUGUCUCUAAACCAUUAUUACAAAUAUUA